AUGUCAUUACUUGAAGAUGUGUUUCAGGUGACAACUGAUCCCAAUGACUCUCGGGGAUACGCUUUAUUAGAGUCUGAAGAAUUGAACCAGGGCCCAAUUGGCGUGGAAAACAUUGAUUCCUUAUUGCUUUAUCAAUUGACGGAGAACGAAGGGCUGAAUGAACCAUUCGCGUACUUGAACGACUGCUUCCAGCGCUGUCAGCAGCAGAAGCGGUUGGCCAAGGCUCAGCCAUCAGCAGAAAAGGUGCAGAAAACCUUUGAGGAGAUCGAUAGAUUAGUGAUCGGCUACGGAUUGGUGGCUUUUCAAGUAGAGAAUUUCUGCCUUAAAGGGAGCCUGGUUGAGUACAUCCGAGAGAUUAUACGGAACGUAGACAGCUAUAUGGGGUUCUUAUCGCAAUUGAUUCAGCGGGCUAUAGUUGAGGGAUCGUUGCUGGAUCUUUUGGAUGCGUUUUUUCCAACCCUGCAGCAUUAUGUGACCAAAGAACUGCCCCUUUUUGAUCUUAACGAUUCGGUGACUUAUAACGCUGUUUUGACACUUUUCGAAAUGUUUGUUACGUUUAAACCUGUGGCUGCCGUCUUCACGCAGAUAUCUCGGUUUUUCGGGGGGUUUGAUUGCAAGGCCAACGAGUUUGAAAAGAAGACGAUUUUAGGUCCCAUUCUAACGCUUUCGCCACUGAAUCCUAACGUUGCUCUUCGUAACUAUGGGGAGAACCUGGAACAAACUCAGCAACAGAAGAAGCUAAUUCAUGAAUCCUUGCAAACUGAGCACAAGGUGGUGAUCGACCGGCUAUUUUUCAUCGUUGACAAGAUUCUACGUGGUUCCGCUGAAUCACGUACUGGUUUGAUAUCCUACUUUGCGCAAAUCGUGAAUAAGAAUCACCUCAGAAGAGGCGAUCAUGCUAAUCAAAAUAAGCUGGCAUCAAAUGCAUUUAUGACAAACAUAUCCAUCAUUUUAGUCAAGUUUUCAGAGCCUUUCCUUGACGUAUCUUAUAAGAAGCUCGACAAGAUUGAUGUCAACUAUUUCAAUAGUGUGAACCUUUUCAUUGACCUUUCAGGAGAAACAAGAAUGAACUCCGAUUUUAAAGAAGCAGAUGAGUUUUAUGACAAGAACAAGAAAGACGAGGACUCAAAGCCAAAUUUCAUCUCAGAUUGUUUCUUUUUGACUCUCACAUAUCUGCAUUACGGCAUAGGAGGUACGCUUCUGUAUGACGAAAAGAUCACUCCUCAGAUUAAGAGAUUAAAGCAGGAGAUUGAUCGAAUCAAAAAGCUUACGCAAUCCCAAGACAUGUUCGCCUCCUUUGCUUCGCUUGAAUUGAAGCAGAUGGAGAAAUCGCUUAAAAUUACUCAAGGGAUUAAAGACUCAUUGCAUGGCUUUUUUUCUCACAAAGCACUACAGCUGGAGAUCUUCGAUUUUAUCUGCGGUGCUUCUACCUUUUUGAUCAGAGUCAUGGACCCCACUCAUCAAUUCCCGUUCUCGCCUGUCAAAUUGCCAUUCAUUCCAGAUCAGGUAGGCGUCGAAAACGUUGAUAAUGCUGAUUAUCUGAGAGCACACGCUCCCAUACCAUUCAAAUACUACCCAGAAUUUGUUGUUGAAGGUCCCGUCAACUAUUCACUCUACAUUUCACAGUACAAUUCUUCGCCGCUCUUCAGAAAUCCCAGACUACAUUCGUUCGUGGAAUUGGCCACUGUACUUUUGCGUUGUCCCGAAUUGCUAUCAAAUCCCCAUCUAAAGGGUAAGCUUGUUCAAUUGCUGAGUGUUGGGGCUAUGCCGUUAACAGAUGACUCGCCAGGUUUCAUGAUGGAGAUCUUCGAAAACAAUGAGCUCGUGAACCAGAAUUUCCUUUACGCUCUUUUGGAUUUUUACGUCAUAGUAGAGAAGACAGGAUCAUCAUCGCAAUUCUAUGACAAAUUUAACAGCCGAUACAGCAUCUCGAUCAUCCUACAGCAAUUGUACGAUAGGAUUCCUCUCUACAGAGAACAUUUAGUUUGGCAGUCCAAAAACAAUGCUGAUUUCUUCGUCAGGUUCGUUGCUCGUAUGCUGAACGAUCUAACUUUCUUGCUCGACGAAGGUUUGAGCAGCCUGGCUGAAGUUCAUAGCAUUCAAAUCGAAAUCGAUUACAGGGCCAAGGGGCUGCCGCCUACACGGGAAGAAGACGAUCAGGAACUUCGCUCUAAGUUGUCUUCUGCUGAAAGACAAGCGAACUCAUCGUGCGGACUGGCGGAUAAAUCUAUGACAUUAUUUGAAAUGUACUCAAGAGACAUACCGAAAGUGUUUGUUACACCUGAAAUUGUGGAUAGGUUGGCUAGCAUGCUCAACCAUAACUUGGAAUCAUUGGUGGGCCCUAAAUGUGGUGAGUUAAAGGUCAAUAACCCGCAACAAUACUCUUUCAAUCCUAAAGCCCUAUUAAAAUCACUUACAACAGUUUACAUCAAUUUGGGAGACCAAGCUGAGUUUAUAUCUGCGGUUGCGAGAGAUGGCAGGUCAUUUAGGAAAGAAUUGUUUGAAAGGGCAGUUCAUAUCUUGGCAAGGAAAACUGGUCUUGUGGACGAUGAAUUCUGCAACAAGCUUUUAGCAUUUUCUAAUAGGGCACAGGAGCAGAAAAUAGCAGAAGAAGAGGAAGACCUAAAUUACGGUGAUGCACCUGAAGAAUUCUUGGAUCCUUUAAUGUACACUAUAAUGAAAGAUCCAGUUACUUUGCCAACAUCAAAAGUGAACAUUGAUAGAAGCACCAUUAAGGCGCACCUUCUGAGUGACUCCACCGAUCCCUUCAACAGAAUGCCUCUGAAACUGGAGCAAGUGGUUCCUAACGAGGAUUUGAGACAACGAAUCCUAGAGUUCCGAAGACAGAAAAGACAGUCCAGUAAGUAA